AUGUCGCUCAAGCGCAGUGUGUCCGUCGACACCUUGAACUCAGAUUCGAAGAGACCUAGAUUUGCGUCGCGAGAAGGCCAAGUCUCAGGCGAACAGAGACCCGGCACGACCCAAGCUCGGACAGAAGAAGGCGGCGUCCCAGAUUGGACAGACGAAGCGGUGCCUUCUCUCACCCCGACAGUCCAUCAUUUUGCCCGCUCCGGUAUUCAGCGGUCUAUCGCCUUGGUGUUGGCGCAUGAUGGAUUUCAAUCCGCAACUCCAGAGGCGCUCGAGAGCUUUACAGGGCUGGUCGAGGAGUAUAUGAGCUCCAUCAUGGGAGAAGUCAAGCGGCUCGCAAUAUCAUCCCGUCGCGAGCAUCCGAUACCGACAGAUUAUGAAACAAUGUUAAGAUACCACAAUAUCUCAAUAUCGUCCCUCAAACCGCACGUCAAGAGCCGGCUCUACCAGCAAGACGCGACAGACCGCAGCCUUGAGGCUACAACCGCCGACGACACCUUCACCUCCCUCCCCCUUCUCGGUCCAGAGCUCAGUGGCCAGCCGGACAAGGAGAGCAAGCCAUAUAUACCGGCCUCCUUCCCCGGCUUUCCGAGCACACACACCUACAAGUUCACGCCGCAAGACGAUAGGAGGACUCGAGAGGCCAAGCAGAUUCGAGAGGACGCGGCCAAGAGCGCGCAGCUGGGCGAGGAUGCGUUGCGGAGACUGGUGCGCGCUUCCAAGAUGCGCAAGCAAAAGGAGGUCAAGUCGCUGGUCGAACGUGACAGCCAUGGCAAGGAGCGCUUCAGGCUGUGGGAGUCGACCAUGAAGCGGUUCAUGGGCGGAGACCGUUUCCGAGAGCACGCCGACAAGGUGGACAUUGCGGACCACAGCAUGAUUGUCAAUGCCGACGCCAGAUUUGCUCGGAGAGAAGUAUCUCGCCUGGGAAAGAAGUCUAGCGCUUCAUAG